CAGAGGAGUCACUGCAGCCGCCUGCCUGCUCUCCUCUCCGGAUACAUCUCUCCGUGUCUGCGGAAAGAACCGAGCUGGUGUGAAGAGCUCCGCGGAGGAGGCAGGGAGGGAGACGGGCAGAGGGAAGAUGUCCUCCCCGCAGGUCUCCUCGUCCCGCAGACAGUCAUGUUAUCUGUGCGACCUGCCCCGGAUGCCCUGGGCCAUGAUCUGGGACUUCACCGAGCCCGUGUGCCGCGGCUGCGUCAACUACGAGGGUGCGGACCGGAUCGAGUUCGUCAUCGAGACCGCCCGGCACCUGAAGCGGGCUCACGGUUUGCAGGAGGGCAGGUCCUCCGCCGGCGGCCCGCAGCAGCAGCCCGCCGUGGCGAAGGGCCAGGCGGGUUCACUGACCGGGAAGGAGCCGGUGGGGCAUCCCAACCACCACCACCUCCAGGCGGACGCACCGACGAAGUCCCAGCAGCCCGGUUUGGACCGGUACUCGCUCGGUGCGGACAGCCGCGCUCGGUUUGACUACAGCGGACACAGCAGCAGGCUGCCCAACGGACUCGGAGGGCCGAACGGGUUCAAACCGGACGACGGACCACCCGAGCUGAACCGACAGAGUCCGAACUCGAGGAGCAGGAGCCACGGGGGGCUGGGGUCGGCACCGGGACAGAUCAAUGUUCCGCCAAACCUGCUGCCUCAGACCCUGCUGAACGGACCGGCCCCGCACGGCUUGGCGAGCAGAGGCGCCCCGCAGGGCUCCAUGGUCAGUGUCUCCAUGCCCGGACAGGUGGGGCUGUCUGACCCGGGAGGGAAGCGGCCGGCCUCGGUGUCCAGCACGGACCAGGAGCGGGAGCUGAAGGAGAAGCAGCGGAACGCGGAGGCUCUCGCCGAGCUGAGUGAGAGUCUCCGGAACCGGCAGGAGGAGUGGGCCAGCAAACCGAAGACGGUGCGGGACACGCUGCUCACUCUGUCCGGCUGCACCCCGUUCGACGUCCGCUUCAAGAAAGACCACGGGCUGGUCGGCAGAGUGUUCGCCUUCGACGCAGUGUCCAAACCCGGGUUGGACUUCGAGCUGAGGAUCUUCAUCGAGUACCCGAGCGGCUCCGGCAACGUGUUCUCCAGCGCCUCGGGGGUGGCCAAGCAGAUGUACCAGGACUGCAUGAAGGACUUCGGCCGGGGUUUGUCCUCCGGCUUCAAAUACCUGGAGUACGAGAGGAAGCACGGCUCCGGGGACUGGAGGCUGCUCGGGGAUUUAUUACCGGAGUCCCUGCGGUUUUUUAAGGAGGGUUUGGGGGGAGACAUGCUCCCCCAGCCCUACAUCGACGGCAGCUACCCGCUCCUGCCCACCUCCCUGGUGCUGUCCGGCCGAGCGGUGGCUUCUGGCAGCGGGAACAGCAGCUCCAGGGCCGCGGUGAGGAAGAGGAAAGCCUCCCCGGAGCCGGACUCGGCGGAGGCCGGGCUGAAGCUGGAGGAGCAGCAGAGGCAGCAGUGGAUCAACAGCCAGACCGAAGCCCUCAAACUGUCCAUGGCUGCGGGCUCCUUCGCCGGGGCCCCUGCAUCUCUCGGGUCUGGACACCCCGGCCUCUCCGGCCGCUCCACACCCCCGGAGCCCGCCGCACCUCCGCAGAACGGACAGUCCCCGAUGGCCGCACUCAUGUCGGUCGCGGACACGCUCGGGAACGCGCAGUCCCCCAACAAGGACAGAGACUCCGUGCACUCCACCACCUCCUCCAGACACAACAGCAGCCCGGUGUCCCCCGCAUCCGUGUCCGGUCAGAGGCGCCUCUCGUCCCGCAACGGAGACCUCGGGCUGCCCGCGCCCUCUCAGUCCGCGGGGGGCAUGGACCAGGUGCACGCUCAAAACGUGCCCGACUCCCCCAUGGCCAACAGCGGCCCCCUGUGCUGCACGAUCUGCCACGAACGGUUAGAGGACACGCAUUUCGUGCAGUGUCCCUCCGUCCCCAACCACAAGUUCUGCUUCCCCUGCUCCAGAGAGAGCAUCAAGGCCCAGGGAGCCUCCGGGGAGGUGUACUGCCCCAGCGGGGAGAAGUGCCCCCUGGUCGGCUCCAACGUGCCCUGGGCCUUCAUGCAGGGGGAGAUAGCCACCAUCCUGGCCGGAGACGUGAAGGUGAAGAAGGAGAGGGACCCCUGAGGAGGAGGAGGAGACUUUCAAUUCUUCCUCUCUGCUUCCACUGCAAAUCAAAAAGCCACAUGAGUCUGCAGCUGAGCCUCAACACUUCAGGAGUCUGUCACAGAGGGAAACAUUGAUCUGAAUAUAAAUCAGCUGUUGAACAGGGCUGCAGAUAAAAACCUCUCAUUAGGUCCAAACACAAAACCUGGGAUUUAUUCUGUGUCUGCUCUCACGUCUUCAGUCUGUAAAAUGGAAAUCAAACAGGGAAAAGAAGCCGAGGUCAAAGGUGACGUCUUCAAAUAUCUGGUUAGAAAACAGAAACGUUUAAUCAACGAUCAGAAUGGUUGCCUGAUUCUUUUCUGAGUAAUACUUUAAUAAUCUACCACUUGUUUUCCAAAGAAGUGUAUUAGAAAAUAUCCAUUAUCAGCAUUAUCAGUGUCCUGACUGUGUUAUAAUUACAAAAAAAACUAUUCUCAGACUGACAAUAUUAAACUAAGAGAUAUAAAAAUGUUUUUAAAUAUUAGGUCAAGUAAUUAGAUUUCAUGAAACAUGUCUACGUAACCUGGACUCAUCAGGAGAAAGGUCCUGAAACUCAAUCAAAGGUCUGAGCUUUAACCACGAGACUCUGCAUCUUUCAUCUGCCUCCAAACUCAGUGUGUUAGAUCACACUGAGCCUCAUGCAGGUAAAAUGAUGCUAUAAUUACUAUCUCGAUAAUUUGUCUUCAAAUGUUGUGUAUGAGGAGAAUUCUCAUCGUACUGAGAGUUCAUGAUGUGAAGCUCCAGUUAAACAAAGAGAACGGUUCACUGACAACAGCUCAACACAAACCACAGUGUUACUGUGCGAUGGAUCACAGAGACUCAGGGUUUCCUCUAGAAAACUGAUUUCAGAUGUGAGCACAGGAAAAUAUCAUCUGGACAUGUUGUGUAGUCAUGUUGUGUAGUCAGUGUGUGUGAAGCAGCAGAUUGUCGACUCGUUCACAACAACAGGGACGUUCAGGCGAGGGGUGGAGCCUGUAGAGCAGCAGGAGGCGGGACAUGACGUCUAAACUCCGCUGUGUUCAGUGUUGUUGUUUACAGCUCGUCCACACGGCGUCGGCCCUCAUCACCAAAACACCUGGAACCUCCUCGUCUUUCCAAGUGGACGUCUUCGUCCUCUACGUGUACGGCUCCUCUUCUUCAUCCUGAGACAUUUGUGUUCUUCAGUUUCACGUCCGUCACGUGUUAGAAACCUCAGAGACACGCCCACUCGCUCACUGAGAAGGUUCUAGAUGUUUUACCAGAGCAGAAUUCCGUUCUGGAAGCUUCUGUAGAAAUGAUCAGGGAGCUACAGAUGUGUAAAAUAGUGCGUCCCUGAAUUAGCUGUAGCUGUGUUAUAACUUUAUUAUUUAUUAUCUGCUGAAAGGAUUUAUUUUUCCUUCAGCUGAGUUAUUCCCUGACUGUGUUGCAGCAACAUUUAGACCUGCAGGGAGAUAAAACCUGUCGGUCAUCAGGAAUCAUGAAGGCGUUUGGUUCCAUGAUGCUCAGAAUCUGUGGCUGACCUGACAGAACUUUAGGGAGGACGUGUGCACAGGUUCAUAGUUGAGAUGAAGUGAAGAGCACUGAGCAAUUACAGAAUAUAAGUGUAACGUGUGAAUAUUGGUCACAAAUAUCCAGACCACUCUUUCAACUUUUUCAAAAAGAACCUGUUCUGGUUUCGUUCAUCCUGACCUGUUGAAAUCAUGUGAAGACGUCACCUUGGACUCUGGUGGACAUUUGUCACUAUUUUCUGGCACUUUGAAAAUCCCGAAACCACAAAGACACUCAGUAAAUAAUGACAUUGAAUAGGUUUUACCAGAGAUGUGGAACAUGAUCAUCAGUUGGAUUAAUUGACCCACUGAUAAAAGCUAAUAUCAAUUAUCAGAAUAGAUAAAUCAAGUCCCUCCGCUGACAGAUUUGAACAGAGACAGAUUUUCAGGCUGCGAAGCUGCAGAGGAGGAUUCAGUACAGUUUGUUCAGAGAGAAACAUAUAAAUAUUCUACAUGUGGAUGUUUCAGAAAAAGAGUGUUUUCAUUGUCGUUGAGGUGACGGAGGUGUGAACAGUGAUGGUGUGAUGUGUUUAAACAGAUGGUUCAGAGAGUGAGACAGCUCUCAGUCACAGACUUCAUCAUCACACCAUCAGUUGAUUUUAUACAAUCAUGUCUCUAAAAAAUGUUUUUAUUUUUUAUAGGAGUUUUAAGCUAUUUGUU